GAGCAAGCAGGCAGAAAUAUUUGAGACAGAGCAUGAAUGCUCAUGUACUGUAAGGUGUUGGAGCAUUCAAAGCUUACACCAAUAAAAAGAUGGCAAAGACAGACAUACUCAGGGCGAUAUGCGGUAAAGGAGGCAUGAUUUUGUAUGAAGAUCUUGAGAACAUGGGGCUGGAACCCCUGCAGGAGCUCAAAAGGAUCAUCUCAGAGAACCCUGACACAUUUAAAGAGGUCUGUCUUGGCGGGCGAAUGUUUGUGACGGCCAGAAGCAACAUUUCUCUCUGCGAAACGCCAGACUGCUUGGGUUGUAAACGCUUGCACAUGUGUAAAGGCUACAUGUUAGGAUCCUGUAAUGAUACUGGAUGCCCUUUUUCUCAUGAUUUACACUCACCACAUAAUAUGUGGGUCCUGAAACAGUUUGGCUUAAAAGGAUUGAAGGAAAACGAGAUAUCUGUACUGCUAUUCCAAGAUGAGCCACCACCUCAACCACCUCUUAAUUUAUCACCUAAACCACAUCCUCACCAGGACCCUCCUCAACCAGCUCCUCGUCUGCAGAUGCCCACACUCAGCAAUUCAGCAGCCAAUGCUUCUGUUUUUCAGGCGAACCAAAACAGUUCAGGGAGUGAUGGCAUUUGUCAAAUGCAUCUUAUUCAUCGCUGCAGUGUGGAAGGCCAGUGUGAUAAGGUCCACAGCAGCAUGCCCUACCAGUGGCAGAGAAGGGUGGGUAAACAAUGGAGAGCUUUUCCAAACAAUGAAGAAAUAGAGAAAGACUACUGCAACCCUGUCAAGACAAAGCAUGACGGCACCCCACCUGUGGACUUUGACCUGAUGCGUUGUGGGUCAUCUGAGGUGCGCCGCCUGUCCGUAACAUCACCAGAGUUUCACACUGUCUCGCUGCUCGUCACAACGUGGGCCUGGUACUGGGAGUUUGCAGAGGACCAGUGGAUAGAGUAUGCUUCACCUGAGGGCAAAGCAGACAAUUUGAAUAUAACAGGUGAGAAGCUGGAACGAAAAUAUCAAGAAGGAGAGCCAUUCGUUCAGUUUGCCCGUGGGGAGAACAGGUACAUCCUCAGUUUUAAGGAUAUGAUUCAAACCAAUCAGAUCACAGAAAUGAAAAGGCUAGUUAGAAGACGUCCAGUGUUGAUCUCACCGGCAGAAGUACAAAAAAUCUGUGAAAAAUAUGCCAAAAGGAUACAUUCAAACUUUCUUAGUUCAGUCCCACAGCACUGGAAUUACUCCCUGCUGCCUGGGACAGGAUAUGAGAGAAUCAAGUUAGAGACUUCAUCCCAAGAUUACAGGCGCAUCGUCAGUCAGUUCAACCAAACCAUGAUGAGGUGUGACAUCCUAAGUAUUGAGAGAAUACAAAACCUGAAGCUCUGGAGGUUUUUCAUGUUACAGAAGAAUCAAAUUAAGAAUGACACUGGGAAGAACGACCGUGUGGAACGGCUAUUUCAUGGCACUGAAUCAGAGUACAUUGAUGCCAUCUGUCAUGGAAACACUGAUCGCAGUUUUAACACCUUAACAGACACUCGCUUUGGGAGAGGAUGCUACUUUUCAAAAGAUGCCUCAUAUGCCAAUGAGUACACAGACAAACAAGGAGUGAGAUUUCUGUUUAUGUGCCAAGUGACGGUAGGAAACUAUGCCUUGGGACAACCAGAUUAUUACAGGCCUCCCUUCAAGGAUGAAAAGAAAACAGUGUCCUACGACAGCUGUGUGGAUGAUCUUGCACGGCCAAGUGUUUAUGUUGUCUUUGAGAAGAACCAGACUUAUCCUGAAUUCCUAAUUAAGUACAGAACUGAGGAUGACCAGACUUAUAGAGAGGAACCACAUGUUCAGGUGAUGAAAUCUGUUGCUUGCAUCUUAUUGGUCGCUGCAAUGAAUGUGAUGCAGUAUGUGAUAAAGUUCAUAGCCGCACACCUUACCUGUGGCAGAUCUGGAAUGAUGAUCAGUGGAGCUCUCUCCCCGAUAAUGAAGAAAUAGAACGAGACUACUGCAACCCUGCCAAAACAAAACAUGACGGAACCCCACCCCUAUACUUCGACACAAUGACCUGUGGAUCGGCUACAGUUCGACGCCUUUCCAUGACUACCUCAGCACUGCUCUCACUUUCCUCACUCAUCACAAAGUGGGUUUGGUACUGGGAAGAGUCAGAGGACAGAUGGAAAGAGUUUGGGCCACUGGCUGGUGAUGAGCAAUCUUUAUCCAUCACAAGUGAUGAACUGGAGAGGCGAUAUCUCAACAGUGAAACAACAGUAACAUUUUCAGCUGGAUAUCAUCAAUAUGAACUAAGUUUUUUGGAUAUGCUUCAAACAAAUACCAUUACCCAAACACAGAGGCUCCUGAGAAGACGACCAGUGUUCAUCUCAAAUGCAGAGAUCCAGAAAGCCUGUGACAUAUACUGCAACAAAGCACCACCUAUUAUCCCAGAGUCUUUGCCAGAUUACUGGGACCCUCAUCUAUUGCCUCCAGUAGGAUAUGAGAGAAUCAAGCUGGACACAGCAUCUCCAGAAUACUCCAAUGUCCUCAAUCGCUUCGAUAAAACCAUGGCAGGUUGUAACAUUUUGAGCGUUGAGAGAAUACAAAAUCUGGCCUUGUGGAAAUUUUUCAAUUUGUAGAAGGAUGAUAUGGAAACCAAAGCUGGGAGGGAUGUCCUGAGAUUUCUCUUCCAUGGGACUAAAUCAGAGUAUGUGGAUGCUAUCUGCCGUGAAAACAUAGACUGGAGGGUGUGUGGCGAGAAUGGAACUAGUUAUGGCAGAGGAUCUUAUUUUGCCCGAGAUGCAGAGUACUCUAACCAAUACACCGAUUUGACUGGAACACAAUCCAUGUUCGUUUGCCGGAUUUUGGUGGGAGACUUUACAUUAGGACAUCCAGAUUACAACAAGCCUCCUUUCAAAGAUGAAGACAAAACUGCAGCAUUUGAUAGCUGUGUGAAUAAGAUACAGAACCCGAGUACAUUUGUUGUUUUUGAGAAGAAUCAGAUUUACCCAGAGUAUCUUAUUCAGUAUGAAGAACCUGAUAAUCAGAGAAUCAAGCUAGAGACCUCAUCUCAGGAAUACUGUGACAUUGAUGCUAUUUGCCCAGGAUCAGACUACUCCAAUGAGUUGUGUCGAGUUUUGGUGGGAGACUACACCUUGGGACGUAGAGGAUAUAGGCCUACUACGGUGGCCUGGAAGUGCAAAAAAAAAUAACAAUGCACAAAACAGCACCUGCCCACAGAAGACCCAU